AUGUUUGUUGAACAGGUUGAUAGCAGACCCUCUUCGCUCGCCUUGGCACGCCGACUUCGUCUGCCAGUCUGGUACAGAACGCACUGCACCGCCUGGAAGUUUCUGACAGUUGUUCUUCAGUUGGAUCUGAUCUACAAUUUGCACCAGAUGUGGAACCAUUUCGUUUUGAGACUGUUGACCAUCAAAGAAUUGAAUUCGACGUUUUUUGGAACAAUGGGAUAUAUCGGAAUGUUUGAUGCAGCUGAUCUAUUUACAUACGUCGAGAAUCACGUGGUCAGGAUGGAUGAACGUCAUCGGAAAGGUGAUACAAACUGCUCCCCAGCCAAGCAACACAUCCUCGCCCGUCGUGAUACACAACUGAAAAGAUACGCGUUCGCCGUGAGCUUCCUGUUCGCAUCGUUGUUCUUCCUCUGCGCAGUGGUGCCCUACGCGCAGACCUGUCAGAAGAUAGUAGAAGCCUACAUUCAUGACGUCACACUGGGGAAAGACGUCUCCAUGAUUGUGUACACGUAUUACCCAGAGAGCUUUCAGACCAUUGCGCUUUACUCUGUUUUCCAUAAUUUGCUUUUCUUCUGGUAUUCUAGCAUUGUUUAUCUUUGGGCCAUGGAUUUGAGAGCAGUUUUAAUGGCUUUUGAGUGUUUGAAUACAGAGUGUGCACUUCUGGUGGCGACCGUUGAGGAAGAAUUAUCAACUCAAGCAAGAGGGCAGCCCAAGGAGAGUGAAACAGAACUAAAAUUGAAGAUGAGACUGAUUGUGGGUGAUCAUCAGGAUAUAUGCAGAAAUACGAGAAUGCUCGACAAAUAUUUGAGAAAUAUUCUGAUGGGUUUCAUGAACGUCUAUGGGAUUCAAUUAUGUCUCAUAUUGAUAUUUAUUAUGGAGAUUGAAGAGACGGGGCCCAGAUUGAGAUAUCUUUUCCGCUACUGUAUGGUCCUCUCUCUCAUGUAUAUCGUCUCCAGCAAAGGACAGAAAGUCACUGAUAGAGGUUUCGAAAUUAGAGCAGCUUUGGCCAGUUGUCCAUGGAUUGAUAAACAAGAAUGGUUCAAGCAGGCAAUUCUCACCAUGCUUAUAAGAACCACACGGGAACUCGUUAUCAAACCAUAUGGUCUCUACACCAUCAAUAUGAACUGUAUUGCCAAUAUUGUGAAAGGAUCUUACACCUACAUGAAUCUAGUGAACAAUUUCCGCAAAUGA